AUGAGAAUUUUAGUAGAAACGAAAACGUUCGAGUUCGCUGUUAUCGACCAAUACAACAAAUCAACUUACUCGGCAGCAAAUACAAAGGCCAAAACAAUCAAGAGCUGUAUUGAUAAAUUUAUCGACCAGUUUAAUUUAUAUGAUGAGCAGCAUGUAUUUUGGCAACCAGCCGAAAAAAAGAACGCUCGAUUGCUAAUAAAUAACAAUGACUACGGUCAGUUAGGGACCAUCCUACAUCGCCAAGUAAAAUGCAACAUUAUCGUUGGCGAAGAAGCACUAAAGAAGUAUGGGUUGACCGUAUGCGCGCCUUACGAUGAUUUUUCAGAUGUUGCUCCCAGUGAGAUAAAGGCUGUGGAGAGUGACAGUGUCACCAUGUCACGCAAAUGCUUAAAUGCUAUAACUCAGCAACUUUCCAUACUCGAAGAAUCUUUAAACAAGACACAAAAUCAGGAAGCUGGGCCAAGCGAAGUACACGGAAGGAAGUGCGUUGUGUUACCUGACGAUGAUUUUGAACUCAUGGAGUUUUUCUCUCAUCUAAAAACUAAUGCGCAAUUACGAGAUGUUCACGAAGCUUAUAAGGCAUAUGAGAAGCUUCUAAGGAAAUUUGAUGGCCGAAAGGAGCGAGUGGAUGAAUUUCUAAAAGACAGUACCCCAUUGCCCGAGGCUGAAGAUGCGAAACAGGUAACUCUAUCUGAGGCGGCGGAAGUAGACAAUAAAGGGCCAGGAAAUCCAAACGAUCGCACGUUGCACGUUGAAGUGGGCCAUGAAGACAAUUCACUCCAUUUCACAAUAUAUAACAACACAACUUCAACAGUGCCAGGGAAUUGCACAUUCGAGUUUUCCAACUCAGCCUCUGAGGUUUUCAGCGUCCAAAUGGGACCACAUGAAAUAGGUAUGGAUGGACGAAAGGAAUUGUGGCAUUUCCCUGCUCUCCCCACUCCGCUUAUCGGUUUCUCUGUCAACAUCAUAAAUAUAGCGGGAGAAAUUAUUUUCUCUGGUAAAUGCACUGACUCAGGUGAGGCAAUCUUAGAACUAUCGCCAUCAAUACACACAGUGGGCAGUUUCCAUACUUUACAAGACCCCAAUAAUGUCUUCCGCGUAGACGCGUUUUCUUCAUUUGAUGAAUCAAGUAUUAUGAGCACUUCCUUUUCAGACGAAGAGGAUAAUUCAGGGGUUUCAUUAGAAAGGGCAUUUACUUGGGAAGAAAUAUAG